AUGGCUUCGUCCGCGGUACAAGAGUCUGUAGAGGAUGGAAACUCGCAGAGUACCCCAAAAUGCACGGCUCCAGAGCUUCUGUUGAAAGUGGUAUUGAUUGGGACUUUGAGCCAUUAUGAGACUCGCGGGAUGAUCGAUGAUAAGAGACUGGAACAUAUGCUACUUGCAGGCAAGCAGAUAUUAUACAAGAGCCACCAGGAAAGCGACGUAAGACAAAAUCUAGGAUUCUCACCUGCAAUAUGGCAGGGGCUUACUGAUGUGCUCACUAAAGCUAUCCCAGUACUGGAAUCGCAAUCCUUUGCUUGGAAGAACCCAACUUCUGCGAACUAUGAUGGCUCUUCAUCCAACCUGAUUGCAUAUAAUUACUUCCCACUGGUUAAAGACAUUGAACGAUUGAAUGAUCUUUGUACGAUUGCUCGGAACCUGCUCGCAACAACCAAAAAGGCACAAAAUCUAGCUGCCGAAAAAGGAUUUGACCAGAGAAUUUUGAUGCUGAUCGACACUUGUGUCAGAGUGACCGCCAGGGGAUAUGAUGGAGAAAGCAACGCGAGGAAUGAAGAGAGAUGGCAAAAAGUUGUCAGCCUCUAUAAACGGCUAUUGAUUACGUGCCUUCAAUUCCUCCAUAAUUUUAUUAUGCACAAUGAACACCGGAAGCUCGUUCUCUGGUUGGAUCUGUUUGGCUAUCACCAAAAUGGUGAAUCUAGCAUUAUUACCCACAUGGAACCUCUGGAUCAAUCAAACAACGCUGCCCAGGGACUUGCGCCGAUUGUUAGAGCUGGAGAACGACUUGUCAAUCCGCCACUUAGGACACUUUAUGACCAAACUGCCGAGGAUCUAUUAUUGGAAACCAUCUCAUCUUUCCCAAGGGAACCUGCUACCAUAAAAGAAGAGGCUGCUAUGCUAUUGUUGGCUAAUAUCAAGGACCAUAUGGAGAAACUCCUUGGUCGAAACUUGAAGGAGAUCCAGCAGAUGGGCAAAGACCCCGAACGUGUCAAGGAAAUUCGAGCCGCCCUUACUGCCAUCCUAGGCGCAAAAGUGGAUGGUUGGGCGGACUUGAAUGACCGUCAAGCAGGUCCAUCUCGGAUUGAGGAAGAGCCUACGCGCAAGAAACCUAUUUUAAGCAUAGACAGGAGCGCUACGGCGGGCUUUCCGCGCACCUGCUGGACAGAUUUUCCUAACCUUGAUGAAUAUGGCGUUAUAUCUGCGGUUGAUGCUCCUGUAACUCCCGAAGAUCGAAUUAUGACGCGCUCAGCUCAGUCUGCAGCAGAAACCCUUCAAGAAGCUAAAGAUGAACUAAUGACACGCUUACAAGAGACCUCCCCCGUCCUUACAGAGGGUGAGCAUCACUACGAUGGUAUGGAACGUAGUGGUGUUGCUGAUGAUGAUUCACGAAGCUUGGAAGCAGUAGCGGAUGGGAGUGUUGAGGAAGAAGAGGACGAGGAAGACGAUGAUGACGAUUACAGGGGCCGCCCAGGAGACCAGCAACGAGGUCUGUUGACUGAUAUUCCGUUGGUGUUAGGGCCUGCUGAAAUUGAAGCUUUGCCAAUGUUAAUUCAAGCUGGAAUUGUGGACAGCUUUGGACCAAAGGGUGGCCCUAAAACAGGAUCUAAAAACAUGCAGGCUGUUCGUUGCCAUAUUUUGCUUGCCCAAGAAACCGGGCGGAAUCUGCUCAGAGAGCUCCUAAUAUUUAUUGCUGCAUGGGAUCUCCCUGACGAUGAGCUUUACUUCAAAAUGAUGGUUCAAAUUAUGGAAGCUGUGCUGAACAACGGCCUAAUGUCACACGCCUACUCUGACUUUGGACAGGCCAAGGAUAUUAUAUCCCCAGCGCAAGCUGUGGUGAUCAAAAUUCUUACCCACAUUUUCCGGUCAAAGUACUCGCCACCAAACAUAACAUCUACGACGGAAACCCCAACCGGGAGAAGCUCGGUUACCGUCACCAAAGUGGAUGUUCUGACGGUGCGUUAUAUUUUUACUAUCUUCCGCGGAAACAUCAUUCCCGAAACGUGCGCUUUGAUCUAUCUUCAAGGUCAGAUUAGAGCUGGACACGCCCUUCCCGAAGAUUUCCCACUAAACUUGUGGGACAUGGAACGAGUUUAUGAAGGAGUAUAUCAAUUCCUUGAAUUCUUCGCAGUUCUGACGGAAAAUACCGAAUGGAAGAAUCUCCUUGUCCAGUGGGAGAUUGUAUACGACUUGGUGACGUUGAUCAAAGAGCUAGAAGCUAGCAUUCCUAAGGGGUCCCUCAGUUCACUGACCCAGGCAGCCGCGGCAGCAGCUCCAAGAACACCUCAGCAAACGCCAUCUAACGAGCCUCCUGCCUCCGAAAGUGGCAGUGCCGCCGUUGCUCCAGUGGCUGUUGAACGGCCAUAUGAUCCUAAUGACUCUGAACCGAUCGAUAAUGCCACAGUUGGGCCGGAAUCUAGGGUGCCUUCGCCACCAAUUGGCAAUGAGGAUCCAGCCGAAUUUGAAUGGCGUAACCUCAAGAAGCUGGUUAUAUUGGUGCUCUCUUCUCUUGUUUGGAAAUGUCCUCAGGUCCAAAAUCAAAUUCGAAAGUAUGGUGGGAUUGAGACUAUUUUAUCUUGUACUGCUUUUGAUGCCCAUAACCCAUACAUCAAAGAACAUGCCGUCAUGUGUUUGAAAUUCCUACUUGAAGGGAACCGGGAGAACCAAAAGUUAGUGGAACAACUAGAAGCCCGAGAGGUGGUUCAGGAUGAUUCUAGGAUACUGGAGAAAAGCGGAUAUGAAGCAGUUUUGGGCCAGACAGGCAAGCUUUCGCUUCGUACAAAAGAGAUCAAUGGCCCCCCACCACCACAGGGUAGCUAA